GCCAGCUGGGCCUGCGGCAAACACUCCACGGUCCCCCGGCAGGUUGAGGCUCCCCCCGCGGGGCCCUGGUUGCCGGGCGCUAAAGCAAACGGGCUCUAUUUGCCCAGUCUGCGAUGACAAUGCAGUCGCCAAAUAUUUGCCAGCCCGGCCGGCCUCGGAGCGCAGCUAUAAAUGCUGGAGCCCAGGUGGAGGCGGGCCCGCCCCGCGGGAGCUGCCGGCCUCCAGCUGCCCCUGCUGCCCCAGAGGCCCCAGAAGCUCAGGCCUUGAGGAGAUGGCCGCAGGCGUGAUCCGGCCUCUUUGCGACUUCCGGCUGCCCCUGCCCACCCACGGGCCCUUCCUGCCCUCAGACCCGGAGCCCCAAGAGACUUCUGAGGAGGAGGAGGAGGAGGAGGAGGGGGAGGGGGAGGAGGGGGAGGAGGAGCUGGAGGGGGCGGGGCCAGAGGGCCGCAGCCCAGCCCCCCAGGCCUCAGGCUGGGCCCCAGAAGCAGCCCCCCGGGGUCCCAGCAGCCCCGAGAACCCCCUGCAGCUGCUGCGCUUCUCCGAGCUCAUCAGCGGCGACAUCCAGCGGUACUUUGGCGGCAAGGAGGGGCAGGACCCGGACACCAGUGACAUCCGUGCAGACGACAGCUCAGCCCAGGGCCUCCGCUGUGCUGACCUGGCGAACCGGGCUCCGGGUGGGCCCCCCGGUGGUGAGGAGGCUAUGGAGCCCGGCGUCCUCUCCCCGAGGGGUCCCGAGGCGCAGGCACGCGGGCUGGGGCCCCUGGCCGAGCUCUUUGACUACGGGCUGCGGCAGUACUCAGGGCCCGGGGCCCCGGCCGGCCGCCGGCUACGGCUGGAGCACAAGUAUGGCCACAUCGUCCCCAUGACCCAGAGGAAGCUGCCGGUCUCCUUCUGGGAGGAGCCGGCGCCCGGCCCCCUGGGCCUGCUCCGCCCCGGCACGCCCGACUUCAGCGACCUGCUGGCCAGCUGGUCUGCGGAGACCGGCCCCGAACUGCCCGGCGGAGGCCCCCAGACCCUGGAUGGGGUGCAGCUGGCCGAGGCCUAGCGAGUGGGCCGGGGUCGGGGGUGGGGGGCGGGCCGGAGCAGCAGGCGUCUGGACGGUCACUGCUCUCUCGGAGGAGCCCCUGGGGCCCCCCAACCAUGGCGGCAGCCAGCAGAACGAGCCGGCUCAGGUCGGGACUUGGCAGGCCCAGGGAGUCGGCCCCCAGCAGAGGCCCCCCCCCCCCCCCCCCCCCCCCCCCGGGCAGGAGCCGCAGCCCCUCAGAGGUCGUGUGCUCAGGGGGUCUACACACUGUGCCUGGCUCUGGGCGAGGCCGUUCGCCACCCAGACAUCCCUGAGGCCCCAGGUGGGCAGCAAAGGGCAGCUGUUCCCACCACCUGCCCACCCGCCCGGUCCUGGGGCUGCCCCUCCUUGAGGCCCCGAGGCAGGUGGCAGGGCCAGCCACGUGGGAAGAGCGAGGGCCUCCUUGGAGGCGGGAAGAAAGGGCGCUCCCCGAGCGUGGGAGCAAACGCGACAUUCGCUCCCCAGAUCGGGGCAGGGGGAGCUGCUUCCUGUGCUGGCCACCGCACGGGCGUGACCCGGGGGACCCCAGACCCGGGCCAGCUGGCCCUCAAGGAGGCCUGCAGUGAGUGGCUGGGGCCCCGGGACGCCACGGCCGUCGGCAGGAAGGCCCAGGAAAGCCCUGGGCGGAGGGCUCACUGGGCUCGCGCUCCUGGGGGAGGGGACUCUGGACUCCGACAGCAACAGGAGCUGGC